AUGGUGCAAGAUCUGAUAAUCCUUAUCAAAAACUUCAAGCUAAAUUUACACAAGACACUCAACGUAACAUCUUCCAGGCUCUUUCCUGAUCUGUACUACAAAUCGUCAUUCACAUUUGGUAAAAAUAAUACCACUGUGGACGUGGUAUUUAUCGAUACAGUGGUGCUUUGUGGAAACACUGCUGACUUUGAGCGUGGUACAUUCAUUGACAUUCUUACUCAUCCACAACACGAACCCAUGUAUCCGAAGGAUCGGCUCGAAGCCAAUAAGCAUUGGAAAUGGAUUAAUGACACCCUGAAUUCAAGCACUGCCGACUACUUAUUUGUUGCUGGACACUAUCCAGUAUAUUCCGUAGCAUCGCACGGGCCAACUAAGUGCCUUUUGGAUCAACUUAUACCUCGGCUGGAAGCGUAUAAUGUGUCAGCGUAUUUCGCUGGACAUGAGCAUAGUAUUCAGGUAACUCCCGUAAAGAAAAGCGUUAAUUCUGACCCCCUCCAAGACAUCUAUUCAAAACGAAACAGAAUUAGGUGAAA